AUAAACAAACGCACAAUUUUCAGUUUUUUGAGCCAAUAACGACGCAAAAUCCUCAGAAAUUCUGUCGAAAUAAUGCCUGAACCCACGAAUUACGAGUUGAAGAAACUCAUUCAUCAGGUAAUCGUCAAAAUUCAAACGAUCGAGACAAAGUUGGACUUGUUACUGGAUGAAAAUAACGCAAAACGGGAAGUUGAAGUGAAGCAGGCGCCAGUUUAUGUGGAGCAAAUUGAAGUCGUGAGAAGCUCUCCGAAGAAAAAACCAAAAUUCAGCUUCAGUCCCAUCAAGGAUGACAAGGAAUUGGACCUGAUUUCGAAGAAAAUUCAAAAGGACAAGGAGUUUAAAAAUUCAUUAUUAAAUUACAUGAAAUACAAGCCGGACCUGAAGUUGGAAGAUCUUUUUACGGCGGAUUUUUUGCUGCAAUGUAACCACACGGGAGCCCAAAAGCGCAGAAAUGUCGAGAAUUUGGUACCUUACCAACAAAUUUAUAUCGAGCACUACAAAAGACUCGGAAAAAGCUUAUCUCAAAUCAAAAAAUUGUCUUUGGACCAACUUUACCGCGUGAAAAAUCGCGUUCGCAUGAAUAGACUACGAAAAAGAGGCAAAAAUACGGAGGAAAUUGAAUACGAGGAUGACGACGAGGAACUUUACGAGCAAGAAAUGGAUCACGAAGACACAAUUAUCGAAGAACUAGAGCCCAACGAGGAGGAAAGCGAAGAAAUUUAUUACGUAGAAUCACUUGAUGAUGAAAAUUUGGUGGAAAAAAUCGAGGAAGACGAUGAAAAUGUGGAAUAUGAGUACGUGAAAGAGGAAGAGAUCGUAGAAGAGGAAGAAUCAGAUUUUGACGAAGCUUUCACCCCAAUCAAGAAUGAUCGCGAUUUGAAUCGAGUUAGCAGGAAAAUUGAAACGGAUCCGGUUUAUUUGAAGGAUUUGCGGCUUCGAAUUGUGCAGGAAUCGGAAAGUGGACCGUGUAAUUUGGAACAACUUUUUACGCCAGAGUACCUGAGCAAUGCGAACUUUUGGGGCACACACGAUAAAAUUAGUUUGUCUGAGCUGCUGCCUUACAAAGAAGUUUAUUGUUACCUGAAACGUCACCUGGGCCAAUCGAAGGAAGAAAUCGAGCGAGAUGCCAAAGCCGAACUUCUCAGACUCAAAAAUCGCUAUCGUAUGGUCGUCAAACGACAAAAAGACAGACUCAAUAAAUCCGACAAAUAAAAAAUUUCACGUUAAUUCAAUUUUUUUUCUCUCCCCCAAACCAAAUUCGAAUUUUCAAUUCUUAUGAACGACGUAAACAAACCAAAUUGUUGUCAUAAUCGUAGCAUUUUUCUCGGA